CUUAAGACUGGAACAAAUAUUGAUUGAUUAUUCGGAUGGUUUACAUCAUGCAAGAAGUAUCAUUAUAAAUACUGUUUAUACGAGUCGACUGUUUGAUAGUUGACAUUUUUGAUAAAAUUUAUCUCUUAUCGCAUUUUUGAGUGUCAACAUUAUAAGUAAAUAAAUAAAAAAUAUAUAUAUAUUGAGUGAUAUAAUAUAUAAUAAUGGUUCUGGAUCAAGACGUAUUAACAGUGUUAAAAUUAUUAAUGAUAGGAGAAUCUAAUGUUGGAAAAUCAAGCAUAAUUCUUAGAUUUACGGAGGAUGAAUUUCAUGAAAAUAUGCAAAGCACAGUUGGAAUGGAUUAUAGGACUAAACAAGUUACAAUUGAUGGCAAUACAGUAAAACUUGCAAUUUGGGAUACUGCAGGACAAGAACGUUUUCGUACUUUAACGCCUAGUUAUUAUAGAGAUGGCCAGGGUGCCAUAUUAGUAUAUGAUGUUACAGAUAGAGUUACUUUUAUGAAGUUAGAAACAUGGCUUAAUGAGUUGAAUACAUAUUGUAAUAAAACAGAUAUUAUUAAAAUGGUAGUAGGUAAUAAGAUAGAUUUACCAAACAGGGAAGUAAGCACUGAAGAAGGUCUACAAUUUGCUAGAAGACAUCAAACUCUGUACAUUGAAAGUAGUGCUAAAACAGCAGAUGGAAUCAAAUGUUGUUUUGAAGAACUUGUACAAAAGAUAAUACAAACACCUGGUCUUUGGGAUCGACAUACUCUUCUUAAAUCAUAUGGUAAUGGUAAUAUAGGAAGUACAAGACAUAGAGGUCAAAGAGGCAUACAAUUAGCAGAUGAUUCUCAACCACAUGAACCAUAUUCAAAUUGCUAUUGUACUUUGAUUUAAUCGAUUGUAAUAUAAAUAUUUUAUCAGUGAUUAUUGUAAAGAAACCAUAGCUUGAAUAUGGUCUAUUCAAAAACUAAACAUUAAACUAUGUGAAUUUUGAAGACAAAC